UUGGCAUCGCAUUUCCGUUCUCCGAAUUGCCCACACAGGUGUUCAUCAUCAUGGACACCCUUCCCAUGGCCGCCGUGGCCUCCGCCGCCGAAAAGAUCCUCCGCGCAGACAUCUUGCUUGUGGCCGUGGGGGCGGGCUUUUCAGCGGAUUCCGGCCUUCCUGUCUACAAGGACAUUGCCGACGUCCUAGCGUACCACCAGUUGGGCGUUGACUACCAAGACCUGUGCGACCCAUAUUGGAUAUACGACGACAUAUCCAUCUUUCUCGGGUUUUGGGGCGAGUCGUUCAACCAGUACCGCAACACGACGCCGCAUGCUGGCUACGACAUUUUGAAGCGGUGGAAGCAACGGUUGACAUGCCAACUGAUCAAAGACAAGCUCGCCAACAACAACCCGACCAACACGACGACAAGUCCGUUCUUUGUGUUUACGUCGAACGUGGACUCGCACUGCACUCGCGUGUUUGCCAAGAACGAAGUGUACGACGUCCAUGGCAACACUGACCAUUGGCAAUGUGCUGGGUCCAAGGAGAAGUCGCCCCCGUGCUGCAACGACACGUGGACGUUACCGCCGGCCUUUCGAUUCGACGUCGACCACAGGACCAUGCUCGUCCACGACACGUCCUCCCCCCUGCUGCAAUGUCCUCGGUGCAAGGGGCCCGGUCGCCCCAACGUGCUCAUGUUUCGUGACAAGCAUUGGAUUCCCAACGACGCUGCGGCGGACCGAUAUCAUGCGUGGGAAGACGCUGUGGAGGACGUGUUGCAGCAACACCCGUCCAAGCGGUUGGUCGUGCUGGAGAUUGGCUGCGGCACGCGGGUACAAGACAAUAAAACAGCCAAUCAAUCAACUCGAGGAUGUAGGUGGAAACUGUGCGCGAAAACAACGAAGAGCUCGUGCAGGCCGUGCUCGAAAGCGGCGGUCAAGCCACGCUUAUCCGCGUCAACCCCGAAGUCGAAGACGAAGAUGACUCGGAGCUUUCGUACCCCCACUUGCUCUCCAUCCACGCCACGGGGCUCGCGACGUUGCAAGCAAUCGACCACGUCAUUCAGAGCGGCCUCGUCGCCAUCCCCCCGUGCAAUUAGACAUUUGUGGUUGUAACAUGAUGUAUUUGUCGAUA